AUGGGUAACCCACUCUCAGACUUUUCUGCUACGGAAAAGCGCAAUGUCAUGAUCUACAUGGCCGGUAUUAUGCUCUACAAGUUCGGUCUCGAGGCGUUCACUGGUUCCAUCACCUUGCUCGCCACCGACCGCUUCAAGGCAGCCAACGUAUUCUCCAACUUGGCCAUUCUUCAGGGUCUCAACCAGGCCUUUCAGUGUGUCGGCUCCAUCGCCAUCGCCCCCCUCAUCAGACGCUUCCCCACCCGCAGUGUCCUCUCCGCCUCCAUCUUCUUCUUUGGUCUCCUCUCAGCCCUCAUCAUCAUCAUUGACGUCUCGACCGGAGGCAAGGUCCCCGAGAACGGCGUCAAGCGUUACGGCCAAUGGGACUAUGUCAUCCUCUUCCCCAUCUACUCAAUCAUCGGUAUCUGCCACGGCAUGGUCGAGCUCAUCCGUCGUGUCAUUCCCCGUGAUAUCGUCGGAGGUGAUGUUAUCAAGCUGAAGAAAAUGGAUGGCCUCGUCCACGUCUUCUACGAGAUUGCCGGUACCGCUGGAGCCUUCUUCUCGACCUUCUUGGUCCUCAAGCUCGGAAACGCUAUUGCCCCUGCCAUGACUCCUUUCCUCUUUAUCCUCGCCUCCGGUGCCUGGUCCUUCAUUGGUCUCUUGGAUGCCGACCACGAGAACCGCAGACGCCUCGAGACCCUCGAGGAGCACUCGCUCCUGAGCCAAAUCGGCCAUGGUUUCGCCCACUUUGGUCAAUCGGUCGUCCUCGGUGUCAAGAUCAUCUUCUCCAGCCGCAAGUUCAUCUGGUUGAUCCCCGGUUACUCCAUCCCCCUCUUCACCCACCGUUACCUCGAGUCCCAGCUCUCGCCCGCCUUUGCAAAGUACGUCCUCCUCGAGAGUGCCUACGCCCAGAUCAUGGUCGGAGGCUCCAACUUUGGUGAGCUCCUCGGUGCCCUCUUCGUCCUCUUCUUUGCCAAGACCAUCAAGACCCCUAUCCCCUGGUUGCGUCUCGAUGCUUUCGGUCUUCUGAUCAUCUGGGUCCUCCCUUACGCCUACCCCGAGCAGGUCAAUUCCCUCACCUUCGCCUGGACCUUGGCCGCUAUCUGGAUCCCCGUCUCCUUCGGUUGGGCUGCCGGUGAUGUCUCCCUCGCUGCCUACAUCCAGUCGGCCCUCUCAAAGAUGGAGAACCCUAACGACAAGGUCUCGCCCCUCGGUGCCGUUAUGGCCUUCCUGUACUCGUUCUACAUCGUCCUCUACGCCGCCCUCGGUCCCAUCCUCGGAAAGGUUAUUGAUUACUACUACAACAACAACAACGGGGACAUCCAUCCGGCCUUGUUCCGAGUGGGUGGUAUCAUGUACUCUGUCGUCUGUGGCAUCCUCUUCCUCGCCACCUUCAUCCCUAAGGGUUCCUUUGCCCUCAACCCCAGCCUGAUCGACGAUACCCAGAUCGAGGACGAGGAGGAAGAGUAUCGCAAGCAGCAGGCCCUCCAGCACGAUGAGAUUAAGGAGAUCAAGACCCAGCAACUCGAAAUCAAGGCCUAA